AUGCGCAUUCCGGUAUCUGUUCUGGUGUUAUCAAUCCUGUCGAAGUUCUGCACGGCACUGCUCGAAGAGAAAUUCGUGGCAUUCGAACAUGAGGGCGCUUUGGAUAUCACCCAUGCCCCUGUCCUCUAUGCUGCGGAUGACUUCAUCGGAGUUGGAAUUGCAGCCGAAAGUCUCGCGAGCGAUUUUGCUGAAAUAACAGGCUCCAAGCCAGAUAUCCGUAACCUUACACAAGAACAGCUCGGCCGGUUUGGCGGCAUCGGGCGAGCUGAGAGCGCCAUCAUUGUGGGCUCACUGAAGUCCCCGCUGAUUCAACGCCUGUCCCGCAAUGGCACAAACUCGACGUUGAAUGUCCAAGACAUCGCGGGAAAAUGGGAGGGUUUCAAGACGUCAAUUGUGCGGAAUCCGCUGCCUGGAAUUCAGGCCGCGCUGGUUAUUGCGGGGAGUGACAAGCGCGGCGCGAUUUUCGGGAUUCAUACGCUUGCUGAGCAGUCGGGACAGUCGCCAUAUCACUGGUUUGCCGAUGUCCCUGCUAAGAAGCACGAGAAGAUUUAUGCCCUUCCAAAGACAACUGUGCAUGGAGAGCCGAGCGUGAAGUAUCGCGGGCUUUUCAUCAAUGACGAGGAGCCGGCAACUACACUAUGGUGGGCUCGGAAACACAAUGCUUCACACUACCGUCUGGACACUGAAUACUACCGCCACGUCUUCGAUAUGAUGCUCCGCCUCAAAGCAAACUACAUUUGGCCCGCAAUGUGGCGCUCUUACACCCCUCCACCAGGCCAAAUCUUCUUCACCGAUGACCCCGGAAAUACGCAGCUUGCAAACGACAUGGGGAUUGUCGUGUCCACGAGCCACCACGAGCCUAUGCAACGCGCAACUAAUGAGUGGAAUGUCACUGAAACGGGACCCUGGGAUUGGCGACGCAACAAGGAGAAUGUCACAAGCUUUAUGGAAGAGGGGAUUAGGAGGAUUGAGGGAAAAGAGGUAUAUAUCACAAUGGGAAUGAGGGGACCGAAUGAUGGGCCAAUUGUAGGCGACGAUGCGUUGGACAUAUUGAAGGAUGUGUUCGAGACAGAGAGAGCAAUAUUCAAAAAGUAUUACGGCUCUGAAGAUGGUGUAAAUCAGAUGUGGACGCUGUAUAAAGAGGUGCAGACCUACUAUGCUGCUGGCCUUGAUCCACCAGAGGAUGUUACGCUAAUAUUUCCCGAUGACAAUGCGGGCAAUGUGCAGCGCCUGCCUACUGCAAAUGAGAGUGCAAGAGCGGGUGGUAUCGGACUGUACUACCACUUCGAAUAUGUCGGAUCUCCCGUCUCGUACAAAUGGCAGAAUAUAGCAAACUUGCCCAAGGUUUACAAAGAACUAUCCCAAGCCAAAUUGCGCGGGGCCGAUCGCAUUUGGAUCAUGAACGUCGGCGAUAUCAAACCCAUGGAACUCCCUCUUUCCUUCUCCAUGGACCUGGCUUGGAACACAUCUAGUAUCACUUUCGAAAGCAUUCCCGAAUAUCUUACGCUCUGGCUCACGCGCGAGAUUGGCACCGAGUACGCGGAAACACUUACUCCUCUGCUGAUGGAAUGGGGCCACCUCAUCGGUAUGCGCAGAUACGAAGCCGUGUGGCCAAGCACGUACUCCAGUUUCUAUUUCCGUGAAACCGAGAGGAUUCUGGGUCGCUGGCAAACGCUGCAAGACCGAAUUACCGCGCUGCAUGAGCAAAUGCCUACCGACAUUGCGCCGGCGUUCUAUCAACUGGUAUAUUAUCCAAUCGUUUCUGGAGCAACAUUUUAUCGCGUCCAGCUCGGUGUUGCUUUGAACAGAAAGUACGCGCAUGAGCGGAGGAACUCUGCAAACGGCGUGGCAGAACAUGUCCGAGAACUGUUCGAGUCAGACUACGACCUCACACAUGGUUUCAACACUCUCCUCAAUGGAAAAUGGUCUGGAAUCCUGGAGCAAGCAAAAUAUGACGACCUGGAAGGAUACGAGCCAUAUGGUGGAUUUAGAGAUUGGCCAAAUCCCUCUCGAGAUAUGCUAUCUAACCUUUCAUACGUCCAACUGCGCCAGGAUAUGCAGUAUACCCUAGGGAACAUGGGCAUCUAUGCAGAAGAAUCAGUCAAUGCUGCCAUACAAGGUCGCUGGGCGGAAUCUAUCGACGCGAGUUUACCCAGCAGCCAGUUAGGGAACCCCGAGAGAGAGUGGACGCCAACCCUACUUGUUAUGGAUCCUUAUGGCCCUCCAGUACGUUUUGUCGAGCUUUUUAUGCGGGGCGAUUAUCGUGUGCCGAUUAACUGGACCAUAGGAGAACCUCCUGUGGACUGGCUCAGAAUCACUCCCAGAUCAGGAAUGCUUCAUCAAGACCACUAUGAUCAGAGAGUGAACAUCAGCAUCGAUUGGGAUCGGGUACCUGUUGGCUUUAAUGCCACGGUGAUUGUGCCAGUGACAUCGACGCCAUCCCACUACCCCUAUCAGGAUUAUCUGUACAUUCCGGUGUCAAAUCAUAGAGCCCCCGAUGGCUUCGUCGGCUUUCCAGAGACGGAGUUGAAAUUCAUAUCUAUAGAAGCGCCCCACUUCCAGCGCUCAUCAUUCUCACCAAACACUCGCAAUGGUACUACCGGAAACGACACCACCGUGCAUUUCGAGCAUAUUCCGUACUUGGGAACACGCACUGAAUCUGGUUCUUUGGCACUGCGACCUUACACACUGGCGCGUACCACAGACUCUACGAGCGCAUUCGUGGAAUACAACAUCUACCUCUUCAACAGCACGUCCGCCCUCAACGCCACCGUCUACAUAAAUGGCUGCCUGGACACAGAUCCCAACCUGCUCUUGCAAUUCUCCCUGACACUGGACGAUCAACCGGCGAACUUUACCCGCGUCCUGGGGCAGCCAACGAAUGCGGGAGAUUUGCCGCCCGAGUGGAAUCCGACAGUCAUGGAUAAUGUGUGGAAGAAGAAGGUAAGCCUUGGUCCAGCCGCUGCAGGAGCACAUAAGCUGGUCUGGAGAGCGAAUAAUCCGGAGCUGUAUCUGGAGAAGAUUGUGCUGUUUACAAGGGGAAGAGAAGGAGAGCGGGAGACCUAUCUUGGCCCACCAGAGACCAAGUUUGUU